AUGGAUGAACCCCUUAUGAAUUACAAUCGGAGUACUGUUCUUCAGAAUCAUGUAGGAUUCUUUGACAGAAACAAAGAUGGGCUUGUAUAUCCAUGGGAAACAUUUCAAGGAUGUCGUGCAAUUGGAUUGGGUAUAGGAAUGUCCGCUGCUCUUGCUGUGGUUCUCAAUGUAGGUCUCAGUGGGAAAACUCGUCCAGGUAAAUUUCCUAAUCUCCUUUUCCCAAUUGAGGUAAAAAACAUUAUAGGAGCUAAGCGUAAGGAGGACACCGGUGUUUAUGACGCUGAAGGAAACUUCGACGCUGCGAAAUUUGAAGAAAUUUUUGUCAAGCAUUCGAAGAUGGAAAAAUCUCUAUUUGAUUAG